AUGUCGGGUGGACUAGACGUAUUGGGAUUGAAAGAAGACGAUGUCACCAAAAUGUUGGCUGCCACCACACAUUUAGGAGCGGAAAAUGUUAACUUCCAAAUGGAGCAAUAUGUAUACAAGAGAAACAGCCGCGGUACGUAAAUCACUCAUAUAAUAUUGCCUACUAAGCGUUAGAUUUAUUAAAAUUUUUAUUUCAGGAUUAAACAUUUUCAACUUGAACAAAACUUGGGAAAAAUUGUUGUUAGCGGCAAGAGCUAUCGUAGCUGUUGAACAUCCAUCAGAAAUUUUUGUUAUUUCGUCUCGACCAUAUGGACAACGUGCUGUUUUGAAAUUUGCAGCAUAUACUGGGGCAACGCCAAUUGCUGGACGUUUCACUCCUGGUGCAUUCACUAAUCAGAUACAAGUGAGUUGUGAAUUUUUAUUGUUUAAUAGUUAUAUAACUUUUAAGUUGUUUUUGUAUGCUCCAAUUUGAAUUAUUUGUGCCUGAUAACUUUUAUAUACAUGGUAUUAAAUGUAAUUUUUCUUUUCCAAUACAUAACAAAUAAUUGUGGUUAAAAUUACACUUGUUCGUAAUUUUUUAUUUUUUUUUUCUGAGCAAGCUCAGUGGGGCAUAUUGAAUAAAAUUGAAGAAGUCAAAAUAUCUGAAAACGUGUGCUGUUUCUUUGCUCAAUCGUUUAAGAAUGCUAUAAUUUUAUAAUUAUUAAAUAUCUGAUUGGGUUUUCACAUAAAAAUUAACCCAAAAUAUUUGUGUAAUGGCACAUAAUAUAUUUUAAUUAUUAAAUUAACUGUUUUGCUUUUGUACAAGUUAAUUUUCCUUUGGAACAAAUUUAUUAUGUAUUUGGAUUAUUUAUAUUUAUUAUUAUGCUUUAAGGAUAGGUAUAAAUUAAUUUUAUUUUACUCUCCCUAUAUUUAAUAAAUAGCGUAAAUUUCUAAAUUUAACAUUCAUUACACAAUGUAAAGUAUUACUUCAAACAAUUAACGCUAACAGCAUUUUAAGUUUAUUUGUGAAAAAGUUAAACAAAUAUUAUGAUUAAUACACUUCAGUUAAUCUAAUAUAUAAUGAUUGAUAAGUUGUACUCUGAUAAAUAUAAUUUUAAUAAAUAUUUAGGUACUUAUUUAAUGAUGAUCAAUACACCCCAGUCAAUCUGAUGUAUUAUGAUUGAUAAGUUGUACUCUGAUAAAUAUAAUUUUAAUUUUAAUAAAUAUUUAGGUACUUAUUUAAUGAUGAUCAAUACACCCCAGUCAAUCUGACACUAUUGAUUGAUGAUAUCUUUUUGUUAUUCUGAUAAAUGUAAAUAUUAUUUACAUUGACGAUAAUUUAUGAUAUUACAUCACAUUGAAUUGGUUGUUUUUUUCUUUUCGAAAUCUGAGUAUAAGAGGAAACAUAUGACUGUCUAUCCUACUAGAUUGCCAAGCUUUGUUCAGAAUCUUUUUACAAUACAAUCUUUUGAUUGUAAUGAUUUAUCAAAAAAAAAAAAAACAAAUUAUGUUAUUAAUUAAUACUAGUUAUACUUCAAUAUAUUUAUCAAUUUAUCGUGUAUCAAAUAAAAAAAUUUGAUUAUACGUUGAAAAAUAACCAAGAUAUGAUUAUCUAUGUCAUAUGUUCUAUUAUACUUCCAAUAAUAUUUAAAUGAUGAUCAACAUAUCCCAGGCAAUCUGACACUGUGAUUGAUGAUUUCUUUGUGUUCUAAUUAAUGUAAAUAUUUAAAUACAGUUUAUAGAAAAUUAUGUAUUUUAAUUUUAAUCAAUGUAGGAAUUACUUUUAUGUAGACCUUAGAAGAACAUUAUAGUGAAUAUAAGAAUACUGUUCAAAUGCUUUUAAAUAAUACUUUUAUGAUGACUAUACACCCCAGUCAAUCUGAAAAUAAAUGAUUGAUCAAUUUUGUGUACUGAUAAUGUUCAAAGCAGCAGUAAUAUCAAAUUAUUUGAACAAAAUUUCAAAACCAAAUUAAACUUUUAGGCUGCUUUCCGCGAACCCAGACUUCUUGUUGUAACUGAUCCAGCUACAGAUCAUCAGCCAAUCACUGAAGCUUCUUAUGUAAACAUACCAGUUAUUGCUUUAUGUAAUGCUGAUACACCAUUGAGAUAUGUUGAUAUUGCUAUUCCAUGUAAUAACAAGGUAAUAUUUAAGAAAUACAUUUUUUUUUUUUUAAUAACAAAACUAAAACCUUCAUAAAUAUUAUUUACAGUCUCCUCAUUCUAUUGGACUAAUGUGGUGGUUCUUGGCUCGUGAAGUUCUUCGUCUUAGAGGAACUAUUCCUCGUGAUGGUAAAUGGGAUGUUGUUGUAGAUUUGUUCUUCUACAGAGACCCCGAAGAUGUAUGUGUUUAUAUAUUGACAUCUUAAUUGUUAUUAAAUAGAAGCUUAAACAUGAAUAUUAUUUCAGGUUGAGAAAGAAGAAGCUGCCGCUAAGGAAGCAUUGCCUGCAGCUUCAACUGUUAAGCCAAUUGUUUCUGGAGAAGAUUAUGCGUCGGUGAACACAGCUGCUGACUGGAAUGAGGGUGUUGUAGCAGCCACUGCUCCACCAAACUGGGCAGAUGAUGGAAAUGCUGAACCAUUAGCGACAGCAGCUCCAGCUGCUAAUAUUGAUAGAACGGUAAGUAUUUUAUUUUUUCAUUUUUAAAUAACAAUGUUUUGUAUAAUGUAUUUCACUGUUUUUUUUUUUAGGCGGUUGAAGAAUGGAAUGCUGCGCCGGCCACUGGUGCAGCCAAUACCAAUUGGGGAGGUGGUUCUGCACCUAAUUGGUCAAAUAUGUAA